AUGUUUGCUAAUUUCCAGGGCACGACCAAAGAUGAACCUCGAUCCAAGAAGACGCGAUUGCAGAACUAUCUGUUGUCUUCCCUGCGAGUUGAUAUUUUGAUCGAAGCACAACUCCUACUUCUUACUUUUAGCACUGGAAUACAGGAUGCGAUCAGCUUUCCGGACUUUCAUUGUUUUGCCUCAAAUCAGACUGGCAACUCUGUUGUCCUGGCUGUCGGACUAGCUGGUCUUGGUAGUGAUCUCUUCAAUGUUUCCAAUGUAGGAGUGAGCUUGGGCUGCUUUAUUGGUGGCGCCAUUACUACAGGGCAGAUCUCUCAUUUUGCUGGACAGCGGCGGAGGGCCUGGCUGCUCUUUUCACACCUGCUGCAGACUAUCAUGAUUUUCGGCGCAGCCUGGAUUCAAUCGAAUUCCGCUGCACGAGGUUCUGGGCCUUCUGCCUUAGGAGCUAUAGCACUACUGGCCUUCUCUUCCGGUGCUCAGGUCGCUUCCAUGCGGCCUAUGCGCAUACCUGAAAUAACCACGGCGAUGGCGACCGCCGCUUGGGUUGACCUCGUUGUGGAUUCUAAUCUGCUCGUGUUGAAAAACCGCUCGAGAGACCGACGGGCCCUCUUUCUGUUGGCUUUGGUGGCUGGAAGUUUUGCAGGGGCUUUCAUGCACGUUGGCAUUGGUUCGUCCAAUGCGCUGAUUGUGUCAGCAUGUGGGAAGUUGUUGGUCUUUCUGACAAUAUUUUUUAACCGAGAGCAGAAGCCGCCGGCAGAAACUGAUGUGUAG